AUGUCAGACCCAGUGCUAGCGUGGUGUGAUGACAUUCACCUGGUUAGAGGAAACGUUUCUCAGCUCCAAGCAACACUCAACCAGAUCAUCACGAAAACCCCUACUGUGACACAGUACAAAAACAUGAUCAGCACUUACGAUUCGCCAGAUGCGGACAAGACCACGGACGCUCCCAGCAUCUUAGAGAAGCUUCGUUCCAUCAUGCAUUCUCCACAGGUGAAAGUUGCCGUGCGUUUGAAGAGUCUCUACGACCGAGGCUACUUGCCAUUUCUUUUAGGCCUAAGCCGCAUCAAUUUCAGGUCGCAGAAAAGUGACCGUUUUGUGGGAUACCUCUUGGAUUACAAUCCACCCAAAGUCGACAGCUCAGAGAUGUUUCCUGAGGAAGGAGACUUUAUACGCAACACCCAUAAUGAUCCGGAAAAUGUUUCGUAUCCUCCAUCAUUACCUCCUAUAGAGAACCAGCUGCUUUUGAGACUUGUGUUCACGGACAAAUCGUUAAGACAGCCGUCGGACUUCUUGGAGCUGGAAUUCUCUGACGGGUUUCAUGACUAUAAUAACAAUCACAAUCGGAAGUUGAUGCUUCGCGGGAAAGACAUACUCAAUCUAGCACUCAAUGAUAUCUUGGACCAGGAAUUUCCUGCGGCUCACGAAGACGACUUGGUGUAUCUCAAACACAGAUUAACGUCCACGUCGAUCUUAGCCAAGUUGGCGUUCUGCUACAACUUUUCCGAUACUGUUAUGCACCAGAUUGAUCAAAACACGCCUACUGCCGAAAAGUUGAUUAUUUUCAAGAAUGUUUUUCUUGCUUACAUCGGCGGAAUGUCCAAACUGGAGUACACAUUUCAGGCCAUCAGACUCUGGAUCGGUCGCCUUUAUAACCCCUUGAUCUGCAAACUACAAGCGGAUAAGGGCAAAUCACAACUCAAGAACGUUUCUAGCCUUGCAUAUGUCGAGUUGAACUUCAUGUUCAGAAGAGUCAAUAACCUCACGGAAGAGCCUACAAAGAGGAUUAGGUACGAGUUCAAGACACUCAAUACUGAGGUACCAGUAGCUUGUCAACUAGUUGUCUCUAAUGUGAAAUUAGGAAUCGGCUUAGGCUCAACAUUGGAAGAAGCAAAGCAUAAAGCUGCUCACACGACUUUUGAGACACCUGAGCUUCGCUCACAACUAAUGGAUAUACUUGUGUCUCAGAUAAGAAUACCUUUGAAAGAGAAAGAUUUAGCGAGUAUGAAAGAAGCUUCUUCAACUGGAAAAGAGAGUGUCGCUGAAGACGACGCCUACUCCCCUGAAAUAUCCGCAGACGAAUAUGAACCGGAGGUGCCGCAAAGUUCAAAUGGUAGGGAUACCACUAAAAUUACGCACGCGUCCCUUCCAAAACUCAACUACAAUGACUGGCCACCCCAAACCUCACAAAGAAUCCAUCUGAGUGAGACGGAAUCUGUCGCUCGGACGACGGAGCCACCACGUGCACCAAAAAUGCAAUACGUAGCACCAAAGCACAUCCCGCAUCAUCACAACAAACAGCAAGCAGCGAAUGGCCCAUCUGCAGCUCAGACUCCGGCAAGAAAGCCGCUACCUUACGGAAUGCUUCCGCCCAUUCCAAACAUGAAAAAGAAAGGUGGCACGAGCUAG